CGGAGCACUUCACUUUUACAGUAGUCAUGCUGCACUUCAGAAUUUUAUUCUCAUUUUUAGUGAUAAGUAUUUUUUCACGAUCAAGUGCCGAAAAAGUAUGCGAAAUGUCGUCGAUCUGCGGUAAUGCUGCUUCAAUAAGAUCUCAGAUGAUUGCUGUGCGAGUGGAGCAGGAGCGUCAUGGAGAGUUGUUGGAAGAUCUGACACAGAAACUGGACACUUGCCUGUCCAAAACAGGGGUGGAGACAAAGCUGUACGGGAAAAGUUGCGCCGAACCCUCGAUCUUAACGCAGCACAGCGAAAUCAAUGUAAUUGUGGUGCCUGAGUACAGUAAACACCCGUUUGUGGUGGCCUGUGAGCAGCUGUCUCAUGGAGGUGGUUGGACCAUCUUCUUGAGGCGUACUGACGGAAGUGAGAACUUCUACCGGGAAUGGAAUGACUACAAGAACGGUUUUGGCAAGUUAGAAAAUGAGUUCUUCCUAGGCCUCGAUAAACUGCACGCUAUGUGCUCAGCUCAGGCCCAGGAACUCCUCGUUCUCUUGGAGGACAAUGAGGGCGAGCGGCGAUACCAGAUGUACGACAACUUUAAAAUCGGCUCAGAGGAAGAUGGAUAUACCCUGGAAUCGCUAGGAAAUACCUCUGGGAAUGCUGGCGAUGCCCUUGCCACCCAUCUGGGCCAAAAGUUCACCACUCGGGAUCGCGAUAAUGACAAACAUGCCGCGAGUAACUGCGCGGUCACUUACUCCAGUGCAUGGUGGUACAAUGCGUGUCAUCACAGCAAUUUGGCUGGCAAAUAUGGCGAUAACACCCACGGAAAAGGCAUCAACUGGUAUCAGUUUAAGGGUCAUACUUACUCGCUGAAGCGUGCUCAGAUGAUGAUAAGGCCGAGAAGGCAAUGCAUUUGAAGCUUACGAGUAAUUGUAAUGUCUUACUCAAAUAAAAAUAUCUAUUUAAUGA